AUACUAAUACAGUAAAGUUCUUCAAAGCAGAGUACGUUAUUCUGUGAAAAGGCAACGAGCUGAGAGUGAUAGAAACGAAACAAAAAUAUAAUUCCAAAAUUCAUCAUGUCAUUGGCAAACCGAGAUAUAGCAGCUGCACUUUUAGCAGAAAUGCCGGAAAUGGAAAAUGAAAUUCAGGCCGAGCUAAAUUCGCCCAAAGGAGACGACGAAACAGCUCAAGAAGAUAUGGACGAAGAUAAUAAACCGAAAACUACUUUGAAUGAAUUGAAAAGUUUCCGGAUACAGCGAAAGCGAGAGAAUGAAGAAAAGGUCACAGAAGAAGGGCGACCCCUUGGGCCACCAAAUAAACAGUACAUAAUUGAAAGACAUUUGGCCGAAAGGAAAUCCAUAAUUGAAAUUCACAUAGAUAGUUCAGAUAUGAAUAGAAAAACAUUGGACUCGGAAUUGAUGAAAGUUGUGGACUUGAAGGAAAAAACGGUGAUGCAGUUCCAAGGUACAACGAUGCCUUUGCUCCACGAAACUAAACAACAGACUUUGCUAGAGCUCAGUGUGAAUAAAAAUGCAGAUGUUGAUCAGGAAUCAGAAAAGGCAGCUCUGACAAAUAAGCUAAAAUACGAUAGCGCACAAUGCGAUGGAAUUGCGCCCUUGUUGUUAAGUAAAGAAGCACAAAUAAGGGCAGAAUAUGAAGAAGAUACAAAAAUUCCAAAUGAAAUGAACAAUCGCAGCUUUUCGCUUCAUCAUGAUGACGCCAGUAAUAAUUCUCAGAAUGAGGAGGACAAUUUUGACCAUCUGGAAAAAUUAACAGCUGACGAAGAAUUAAAAGAUGCAGUGUAUAGAAAGACCUGCAAACCAUUUCUUCAACACUUACCAUGUUUCAAAUUGCAGACUAAUAACGUGCCUCCUCCCAUUAUUUCUGAAAGCGAAACCGUAGAUAAUACAGGAAGUCUAUCCGCAAAAAUUCACAAAUGUAGAGAAUGUCGACGUCGAACACCUCAACAAGGAUCCAAUGACGUGUACUGUAGAUUUUACGAAUUCAGAUGCCUCCAAUACACAGAAGAUGGACAAUUAUUAGUUGCAGGAUUCCCAAAUCCCUAUACUGAUCCCACGCAAGAUGAAAUAAAUAUUUGGAAACCAGAUGAGAAUACUGAACCCACUGCCGGGAACAUUGACAUUCAGGUGUGCCGUUAUAUACUACUGCACGUAGGCGAUCAGUUCUGUUAUCUUUGGCGACAAGAAGUGGAAGCGUUAAAGAUACAUGAAAAUCCGAACAGUACCAUAGCCUGGAAGAAAGUUGUCCAGGGUAUUCGAGAAAUAUGCGACGUAUGCGAUACGACUCUAUUCAAUUUUCAUUGGACAUGUGAUAAAUGUGGCUUUGGAGUUUGUUUAGAUUGCUUUAAAGACCGUAAAGAGAAUAGGCCUGUUCGGAAAAUUCAUCCCGGCGAAAAACCACAGAAAGGCAGAGAUGAAUACUACUGGCUACUAUGUUCCGGUGGUGUCACUCAUCAUAUGAAAGAAUUAAUGCUAACGCAAAUCAUAGCCGGUGAUGCCUUGAACGUACUGGGAAGACUUUUACAUGAUGUUCGAAGACUUUGGCAAAUCCCGCAGCUUUGCGGUUGCAUGAUGAGUAAGCAGGAACUGCCAAAUGGUGAAUUGAAGUCACUUAUACAAGAUAUGAUAAAGGAGUCACAACUGAAACAGCAGACAAGCGAUUCCUCCCUUGCAACCGAAGAAACUUUAAGAAAGCAAUCACGGUUGGAGCAAAUACAUUCUAAAGCACUUGAGUUUGCCCGCUCCAAUGGCAUCGAUUACGUGCCCGGACGAACACAUAACAAACAAACACUGGGUAAAGAUCCAAUCACAAGUGCCUUCGAUAAUUUCAAGCAUAUAAAUUUUUUACGCAAAGGUUUGGCUGGUUUGAGGAGAUUUUUGCCGCCUAGGGCUAUGAUAUUAACACAUUCUAGCCUAAUAGCUCCAGGUGUUCCGCACGAAUGGUUAUGUGAUGGGAAAUUAUUACGCCUGACAAAUGCCAAUCAUCCCGACAACCGAAUCCUUUUCCAAGAAGUAUGGAAAUGUGGACAACCGGUUAUGAUAUCAGAAGUUGCAGAAUCGCUCAAUUUAGAUCUUUGGCGGCCUGAUGCUUUUUUAAAGGACUUUGGGGAUAAGCCAAAUGAUUUAAUCAAUUGCCUUAAUGGUAAUUUGGUUCCCAACCAACCAAUGCGUCAUUUUUGGGAAGGUUUUCAGUGUAUGAAAAAAAGACUUCUUGAUGCCAAUGGCAAGCCAAUGCUUUUAAAGCUUAAGGAUUGGCCUCCCGGAGACGAUUUUGCAGAAAUUCUUCCGACUAGAUACAAGGACUUAAUGAAAGGGUUACCCAUGCCUGAAUAUACAUUGCGCACAGGUCACCUAAAUAUAGCCAGCUGCUUGCCUAAAAUGUUUGUGCCGCCCGACUUGGGCCCAAAAAUGUAUAAUGCAUACGGUUCUGCAUUCCACCCCGAUAAAGGCACAACAAAUUUACACUUGGAUAUAUCUGAUGCGGUUAAUAUUAUGGUAUAUGUUGGUAUACCUGAAGAUUCUGAUAGCAAAUCGCAAAUAUCUGCUUCACAUAAAGCGAUCGCUAUGGGAGGGUGCGAAUUCUUGACUAGAGCACGUGCACAGCACAAAAAUGUUGUCCCUGGUGCAUUAUGGCAUAUAUUUCCAGCAAGAGAUGCCGAUAAAAUUCGAGAUCUUUUAAACAGAGUCACGUUGGAGAAAGGGUAUCGUCUGGAGCCAGAUCAUGAUCCCAUUCACGAUCAAAACUGGUAUUUGGAUGACAAGCUACGUGCACGACUAUUCAAAGAAUACGGUGUCGAAGGAUAUCCAAUUGUGCAGUGUUUAGGCGAUGCGGUUUUUAUUCCAGCUGGUGCCCCUCAUCAAGUUCAGAAUCUACAUAAUUGCAUAAAAGUAGCAGAGGACUUUGUAUCUCCCGAAAAUAUAACCCAUUGUUUUCAUCUUACACAUGAAUUCAGAAGACUUUCGCAUUCCCACACCAACCACGAGGACAAGCUUCAGAUUAAAAAUAUAAUUUACCACGCCAUUAAAGAUUGCUGUACCAUUUUGACAAGAUCCCUAGAACAUCGCCUCGACCACGAAAUAUCCCGAGCUGAAGAAAUGAAGAGGACAAUACAAAAACGGGCAGAUAAUGAUACAACAGAAUUUGUUUCAAAUUCAUAAUUUUUUCUUAUUCUUCAUUAAUAUGCAUGUGAACCCAAUUGUAUUGAUUGGCCUUAAGCCAUAACCGAUUGAUUUCAUCCCACACCUACCACGAGGACAAGCUUCAGAUAAAAAACAACUAACUUACAAUAUCCUUAGAUCCUCAACUCGAAAUAUCUCGAACUGCAGAAACGAAGAGGAAAACACCAAAAAGGGCAGACAAUGAGGCAACAGGAUUUCUUUUCAAUUUAUAAGAAUUGUUCUCUUAUUAUAUAUUUUCUACUACUAAGACAUAUUAUGUGAACUCAUUUGCAUUGAUUGAUUGAUUGACGUAUUAUUAUGUAACUUAUACAUUUCAAUAAAGCUUAACAAGUUUCACGUAAGAAGA